AUGGGCAAAAACAGUUCGAAAUCUGCUUCCUCCUCAUCUCUGGCUGAUAAAAUUGCCAUACAAAAGGGACAAUUGCUUGAUGGCCUGGGCUUGAAGCCAACAUCCAAAGGUCUUGUCGUGGUCCAGGUUAAGCCGGAGUCGGUAAGCGGCGUGCCGUCUUCCAACAGUGGCAUGAGUCUGGUCAACUGCAGCAAUCUGACCAAGUCCAGCAUUUACAUGAGGGCAGCUGAGAAAAUGAAUGCCACGCUAUUGGAAAGGGAGCGAGAGAAGGAGCAGGAAAAGCAAAAGGAGAGGGAUCAAGAGCAGCCGCAGCAGAGAAAGGCCAAAGGAAAAAGGUUUCGAGACAUGCGGCGUUCCAGGACCAUCAUUCAAGCUGAACAACUUGACAUCCUGUAUGGGUGCUAUUUCAAAGAUCCGAAUCCUGGGAAACAUGAAUUCGAACAAAUUUCCGAGUGGGUUCAUCUUCCAAAGAAGGUUGUUCAGAUUUGGUUCCAGAACAUGAGGGCAAGGGAGAGGAAAGGCGAGGUCCGAUUUAUCAGUGACGGCACGCUGGCAGCGGUCGGCAAACCUCUCAUCAAAUUCACCUGGCCUCUGUCCAAACCCAUAUUCUCCAACAAGCCUGCUACAAACAAUGCUGGAUGUAUGACAGCUACACCAAUUGUGCGGACCCUCAUCAAGACGGAGCGAGACCCUGUGAAGGAGCCAAGCAAGCCAGUCUUGAUAAAAAAGAUAAUCCCCGUCCCCAUCAAGCCCAAGGAGGUUAUUUCUUCCACCACUGCGUCUUCUGCGAGCAGCGUUCCUUCAGCGGUGCCAAAGAUCAAGCUCGAAACCACCAGCAACGUCACCAUGGUUAAAGUUGCACCAAAAGUCAAUGCGCCUGUCCUCCUCGCCCCACCCAAGGAUCCGGUCCCGAUAGCCCCGCGACCUUCCCAGAAACGGAGGCUGGAGGAGGAGAGCGAGGAGGAAAAAACCGAUGAGGAGAAAGACGUUGAAAGCGAGAUGGGCCUUCCUCAACCAUGGUGUCGCAGAAACAGAACGGGCUGA